CACUUGUCUAAUCAGCCAAAAACUGAAAAUUGACAAAAUCAAAAUAAAUUCAAUUUUUGAUAAAGAAAUAGACAUUAAUUCUUGAUUCAUUUUUUCAAGUUUUCUGCUUCUCAAAAAUAUGUUUCGCGAUUAAUUUUAUUCAGUUCCUUACCCGAUAUCUAUUCUUCGUUCGAACGUUCGGUACUCGAAAGCGAAGCAUUUUUGUAAGACUUUCGAACUUCAUUGGAUUUUAUGAAUUUCAACUUUACCGUUGAUUUAAAUUAAAAAUUUUCAUCAAUGGCAGCUAAUUUCUGGCAAAGUUCUCACUACCAACAAUGGAUUUUAGACAAGCAGGAUUUGAUUCGAGAAAGACAACAAGAUAUGGCUAUUUUGACGGACGAGGAAUAUCAGAAAAUAUUAAUUUUCUUCGCAAACUUCAUUCAAACUUUCGAAGAACCGCUCAAAUUACGCCAGCAAGUCAUCGCCACAGCAACAGUUUACUUCAAGCGAUUUUAUGCUCGUAAUUCAUUAAAAAGUAUAGAUCCCUUGUUGCUAGCUUCAACAUGUGUGUUUCUAGCUGCAAAAACAGAAGAAUUCGGAAACAUUUCGAACAGUAAAUUUCUUUCUGCUUGUCAAACUACGGUGAAAAAAUUCCCUCACGUUUACUCUCAGGAAUUUCCUUAUCGUACAAAUCACAUAAUUGAGUGCGAAUUUUAUUUAUUAGAAAAUCUAGAUUGUUGUCUUAUUGUUUACCAACCGUAUCGUCCAUUGUUACAAAUGAUUCAAGAUAUUGGUCAUGAAGAUCAGUUGCUGUCUUUGGCUUGGAGAUUGGUUAAUGACAGCUUACGAACUGAUGUUUGUUUACUAUAUCCGCCGUAUCAAAUAGCUAUUGGUUGUCUCCAAAUUGCGUGUGUAAUUCUUCAAAAAGAUGGAUUGAAGACGUGGUUUGCUGAACUCAACGUUGACUAUGAUAAAAUUCAAGAAAUUACCAGAUAUAUCGUGAAUUUAUUUGAAUUAUGGAAGGACUACGACGAAACAAAAGAAAUAAAAGCGUUAUUAGCUAAAAUGCCAAAACCAAAAAUUCAGAGUAGUCGAUGAAUUACUCAUGAUGAUAACUAUCACAUUAUGUUCCUCAGAAAAUCCGGUUAUAAGUAAAGAAUGUUUCUCAUU